AUGAUGUGUCCUCCUCAUCCAAAUGUUGUUCAGCUGAUUGGUAUCUGCGACGACGGACCGGAAUUAUGUUUGGUGUAUGAAUAUGUUGAGGGCAGGACGUUAGCUCAACAUUUGGCAAAGGAGAGCAGAGAACCUCUGAGUUGGAAUGAACGAAUCGAAAUGGCUUACGGUAUCGCCUUAAGUAUUCGCCACAUACAAUCAACUUCACAACGUCCACUCAUCCAUCGAGACGUCAAAAGUUCCAACAUUCUGGUGUCAUGUGAUCGAAGAGUACGAUUGGCCGACUUCGGUCUCUCAUGCUUUGGAGAGCAUCUCGACAACAUUCAUGCCAGUUUUCUUGAAUCCGGUUCAACAACCGUAGGUACACGAUGUUACAUGCCACCUGAAGCGUUCAAAGGGAUAUUCAGUACACGAACCGACGUCUACUCAUUUGGAAUGGUAUUAUUCGAGGUGGUGACGGGAUUGCCUCCUUACUCUUCAAGCAAGAAACUCGAUCUGGUCAUCUCCUUGUUUGUUACGAUUUUGGAAAAAUUUUGA